AUGGAGGGAAAAUCCAACGGAAGGGCAUAUAGUAGUGAAAUCAGCCUCCAAGACAAAACUGAAAAAAAAGGAUGUUGGGCUCGUUAUUUUCCCUUUGGAUUUUGGUCAGAAUGGAGGCAUCUUGCCAUAUUAGCGUUCCCCAUAAUUCUGACAAAUAUGUGUAAUUACAUAAUGGUGCCCGUGAGUAUCUAUUUCCUCGGCAAAAUGGGGCCGACGGAGUUGGCAGCCGGUGGUCUUGCAAUCUGCAUCUUCCAUGUUGCUGGACUUUCAAUCAUGGCCGGUCUCCUCACUGCCAGUGAUACUCUGUUCCCCCAAAGAUUGAGCCUCCAAGUGUUCUUUAGUGAACGUGUUGCGUUAAAUGAGCGUGAUUUCCAUCCUCUUUCCUUCCCCCUUGAAUUUGCAGCUGCUGUCAUUCUUUCCUUAUGUUGCCUUCCAUGCUGGGCUAUCUAUAUUAUCAUCGAACCUAUCCUCCUAGCGACCAAACAGCCGCCUUUAGUUGCCAAGUAUGAACCUUACAUUUUUUUUUCCUAUUAUUAUAUAGAUGUUACUGCCUUUGCAUCGUGUAAGUCUAAAUAUGCCUUUUAG